AUGGCAAGUAAACCUCGCAGUCAUCCAUUACAUACUUAUUGGAAGGCUGGUAUAACUGGUCCAGCAGUAAGAACUCCAAAUGUUAUUGUUAAUAUCGAACAAACCGGACGAAAUGAUUAUUGGGGAAUGAUACAAACAUUUUCGGUGAAUGAAAUUAUGGUUGCCCGAACGCAGGAUCUCGAAAUACUGCUUCACGAAAUAAUGGAAAUGGAGAAAAAAACUGGUGAACAAGCCUCUAUUAUGUAUGUGAUGGAUUUGACCGAUUUGAAAUAUGACAAACGUCUGUUUACAUUAGUGACCGGUCCAUUAGCCAGCAUAUCGACGUUCAUGAGUGAGCAUUACGUAGAGAUGGUCAAUAAAUUUGUGCUUGUCAAUGCACCGUCAUUUAUGGCUUCUCUCUGGGCAAUUGCAAAGCCGUUGCUACCGGAACGAACUCGUCAAAAAGUUGCUAUAUUUGGUUCAAAUUGGAAAACGGAAAUUCAAAAUUUCAUUGUUCCUGAAGCAUUGCCGUCAUAUUGGAAUGAUGACAAUAUAAAAGUAUUCAAAGCAGAAAUAGAACGUGCUAAAGCACUCGAUCCACAGCAUUAUCAUCAAAGAAGGUUGGAUGAGAAGAGUAAAGUAUUAUCAGUUGGUGCUGGAAAAACAGGUACAAUCGAUGUGAAUGCUGAAAAGGGUUCUAUAAUAAAAUGGUGCAUUCAUGCUGAUGGACAUUUUGGAUUCACAGUUUUUUAUGUCGAUAAUCAGUCUUGUAAAGAUUCAAAUUCAUUAGUUAACAUUUAUCCUGUAUUACUGAAAAUGCCUGGACCAACUGUGGUACCAAUUAAAGAGGAAAUCAAAUGUGAAAAAAGUGGAGUCUAUAAAAUUUGGUUCAGUAACGAGCAUGCAUGGUUGCACACGUUGAAUAUACAUUAUCUGAUCGAUGUUGAAACCGAAAAUGAAUAA